UAUUUUCUUACCAUGACUUCUGGAAGCGUACCUUUUUUCAUCAUAAAUGCGAUCUUUAUCAACAAAGGAAACCACCGAAACUUACACUUCUGCUUACUUCAUUAGCUAGAGUUUCUUCCAAGCCACAACAGAGCAUCUAACAAUGCAGCAGCUCAACUCAUCAAACAGCUCGCUCACCACUCCUUUCUCAACUGAAAAUCUGAUUGCCAGUAGUGUACUGGCAGUUUGCUUCAUACUGGGAGUCCCUGCUAACAUAACAGUAAUGGUACGUCUUGCUGGAUGGCUGAAGGAAGGCAGUUUCACCCCGAGACUGAUGCUAAGCCUGGCUGUAUCAGAUGUGCUCACUCUGCUUUUUCUGCCGGUUUGGAUUUGGGCUCUUCUGCAUGGCUGGGUCUUUGGCUUGGUCCUGUGUAAGCUUCUCUCCUAUUUGGUGUACUUAAGCCUGUACUGCAGCAUGCUGUGUGUGAUUUUGAUGAGCGUACAGCGAUACAUGCAAGUGCUACAUCCUCAGAAAUGGAACAAGCUUGGCAGAAAAGGAAAGAAGAUCCUUGUGAGUGGGAUUUGGAUCCUAAGUGGAGUAUUAUCAUCCUAUGCUCUCGUACAGCGCACGCUAAGCUUGGAUAUGGAAGGACACCUUCAGUGCAAGCGACGCUAUCAUAAUAAUGUUGAAAGAGUGGCUACUUUAAUCUGGGAGAUUACAGUUUUUGUGAUUUCGUUCCCCACACUGACUUACUUCUACUUUCAUCUUUCCCGAGGAGUUAAUAACUCAGCUUUCUUUAGCAGUCAGUCAUUGACAAAGCUGGUGACCAGAAUCGUGGCAUGUUUCUUUAUUUUUUGGAUCCCGUUACAAAUCUCCAACAUUGUGAUCAUUACUGCUGCGUUGCUUGGGAAUUACAAUCUGUUAAAAUCUGCAGAAUCAGGAGACAAUAUUACUGGAGCUCUAACUUUCAUUAACAGUUGUGUGAACCCCUUUCUUUACGCCUUCUCUGCUCGGGCUGUACGUCAGCAAGCAACAGGAACAGAAAAUGCUUAGUUACUUCAUGAUGUAGAGGUUUGAAUCAUUGAAUGUAUUUUUUUUUUUUUUGUAUAUUUUUUUUAAACUUUUAAUCUGCCUAAAAAAAUUUGGGUAAUGCUAAAGCAUAAUGGCCUGAAACAAAGGAGUAAGUCUUAAACUAAAGAUAAAGUCCAAACCUCAUGCCAGUUGAGAAAUUGUGACAGAACCUGAAGAGAGCUGUUAACAUAGGAUUUUUCCAGGAAAUGUUUGGUGUAGGUUAUUGCUCACUGAAGAAUAUUCAGGGUUCAUACUUUUUCCGGUCUGCACUGUAAAGGUUAAAUGUGUUCAAUUCAACAUUGAUUAAAAGUACAGUUUUCAGUU